AUGUUGCAUUGGCAGGACACGCUGGAGCUGGCAGACUUGCCCCUGCAGAAGGGCUCCGUGGAGCUCCUCAAGCAAAGAUGGGAGUCUGCCAAUGCUAUGAGACCUGGCCUGAUGCUUCAGUGCUCAUCAGCCCCAGUGUCCCUGGUGCUGGAUAAGAUGAGCUGCAGCAGCACCAAGGAGAAAGUGCCAGCAGACAACAGAAGGACAGACACGUUCAAGGAGGAGACCCUUGCUGGCCCUCAGCAGACUGAACACUUCCCCAUUACAGUGGAGGAGCUGCGGAGCCACUUCGAGGCCCUUGGUGGCAAGAAGGAAGCAGAAAAUGAAAGAAGUUCACAUUCACUAACAUCAAAGAGUCAGCCUGGGAGCCAUUCCACCAGUACUCCAAAGGAGUCUAGCGUGAAAAGAGGGAGAGCAAUCUUUGAAAAGAUGUCAUCAGAAAAUGGCCUCAGCAGACUGUUUGAAAGCACUGUGGGUUCUCACAAACGUGUAAGAGGACUAUUUAAGGAGAGUGCUUCCAGGGCUGAUAACGCACUGCUGGAUGUCCAGGAAACUGUCUCCUUGAAAGAAAGAAUGGCUAUGUACAAGGCUGCUGUGUUUGAGAUAGGGGGUAGCAACUCCUUUGCUCAUACUUCAGAGAAAACCAAGUUCUGCACUGUGCCUGGUGGCCUGGCAGCAGUGAGGAAACAAUUCGAGAAAGUGCGGACGACCUCUUCACGAAAGACCUUUGCUUUGUACCAGCACAAAUCUGUACAGGAAAAGUUAAGUAGGAGUCAAAAUACCAUAUCAAGGAGCACCAGGGAAGCUGAGAGCAAUGAAAUAACCUCCAAAGAAAGUCAAAUGGAAGCCUCUCAAACACAAGAGGUUUCUCAUCGCGGGGAAGUUACUCAUGAGAUAAAAAUGGCUUCCACAUUCAGUCAGAAUACUGAUGAAACAGUAAUCAAUGCAGCUCAGAACAAAGAGCUCCCAAAGACUGUAACAGAGAUUUUGAAACAGCAGAUUGAAAGGACAGCUCAGGAAAUGGCUGUUCACUCUGACAGAGAGACUGCAACACCUGCAAAAGAAGUAAAGAAACUGCAGAUUCAGGAAAAUGAAACGUGCAGACUCUGUCAACAGAGAGUUUACCCAAUGGAGUGCCUAGUUGCUGACAAGCAGAAUUUUCAUAAAUCAUGUUUCCGAUGUCACCACUGUGGCAGUCAAUUAAGCUUGGGAAAUUAUGCAUCUCUACAUGGAAAAAUAUACUGUAAACCCCAUUUUAAGCAACUUUUCAAGUCAAAAGGAAAUUAUGAUGAAGGCUUUGGACACAAGCAGCAUAAAGAAUUAUGGAAUUCUAAAGACCGAUGUAGCUCAGCUGGCAAUACUCAUGCUGAAGAAACAAAUCCCAUUAGCAGUGUACCUGUUGAUCCUAAACCAAUUACAGACAUUGACCAAGACUUGUACUCACGUACUGAUGGUUCCCUACCUGAUAUUUUGGACAGUAAUGUAAAAAAAAACACAGAAAGAGGUAAACUAAAGCUGACAUGGCCUCCUUCAACAGAUGAGGUAACACCUAAGAAAAUAUUUUCUAUUGAAGAAGUGGCUAAAGUAAAUAAGCCAAAGUGGCCCCCUGAAGGUUUUGCUCAAGAAGGUUCUAAUUUAAAUACAUAUAAACCUCUGGGCAAUAAAAUGGAUCCUCAGAAAGAAAAUGCUGGAAAAGAGGAGGAAGCUGGGAAUGUGCAAGAUAAGUGGAAUAAAACAGGAGGAUCACAGAAUAUGGAGGAAAGUGGGAAGGAUUCUAAUGAAAGUGGUAAUGUGAUUGUUUAUGCUGCUGGGAAAGAGCAAGAGAAAAAAACAGAUGAAACUGAUGGUUCAGAAGUUGUACAGGUUACUAACAUUGACGAUGUAACAGUGCAAAAGAACCACAAAGAAUUCAGCUUAAAUAACAAUAACAAUUAUGCCACUUUUUCGCACCUAAAUUUUAGGCAAGAAACAACUCUCCCAGCUACAGCUAACCCAAUGACAGCAUUAAGCCAUGCAAUUUGCACUGUAUCGCAGCAUGCCUUUGCAAAGCUGGAGAAUCAGUAUGGAAAUGAAGAAAUAUUUGAGAUGUAUGAAUCUCACGAGAGCUAUUGUAGUGAUACUGUAACUGUUUCACAGGAUGAACAAAACUCAAAAGAUGAAGAUGCUGUUACCUCUAAUAAUCUUGCUCAAUUUAAUAAAGACACCACUUGUCAGAAGUCUCAUAUUAGUAGCACAUUAAAGGAGGCAACUAAUACAACGUUGCCUGUUGAUAUGGAGUUGGCAUGCAUUGGAGAAGAAUCAAAAUAUGACAAAAACUUAAACACUAGUUUUUUAUUUGACACUCUGAAAACAUCUUUUCUUAAAAAGAAGCCCAACAACCUGGAUUUAGACUGUGGUUGA